GGCUGUGUGACCUUGGGCAGCCCCGCACCCUCUCUGGGCCGGAGCCGGGAAGGACAGAUCGGGCGGCCGGAGGCCAUUCGGAGUCCCGGCCGGAGGCGCCGGAGGCACCGGCCUGGGCGCUGGGGAGGCUCCCGGGAGGCGGGGCCUGGCUGCCCGGUCAGGCUUGGGACCAGCAACUCGGGGCCCCGCGCCUGGGCCCCGGCUGGGUCUCCACCGCCCCGCUCUCGGGUCUGCAACCUUGAGGGCCUUCCCGCCCUCUCUGCGCCUCAGUUUCCUCAUCUGUAAAAUGGAGAUGCUAUCUCAGCCCGCUCAGCCCUGGCCCACGUCAGUGAGUGACUCCGCUGGCCCGGGCAUGGCAGACCCCGUGGCGAGCAUCGCAGGCUCGGCCGCCAAGAGUGUGAGGCCCUUCCGCUCGAGCGAGGCCUACGUGGAGGCCAUGAAGGAGGACUUGGCCGAGUGGCUCAACGCCUUGUACGGCCUGGGUCUGCCCGGCGGGGGUGACGGCUUCCUGAUGGGACUGGCCACCGGCACCACGCUGUGCCAGCACGCCAAUGCCGUCACCGAGGCUGCCCGCGCGCUGGCGGCCGCCCGUCCUGCCCGGGGCGUGGCCUUCCAGGCCCACAGCGUGGCGCCCGGCUCCUUCGUGGCCCGAGACAACGUGGCCACCUUCAUCGGCUGGGGCCGGGCGGAGCUGGGGGUGCCCGAGGUGCUCAUGUUCGAGACGGAGGACCUGGUGCUGCGCAAGAACGAGAAGAGCGUGGUGCUCUGCCUGCUGGAGGUGGCGCGGCGCGGGGCCCGCCUCGGCCUGCUCGCCCCGCGCCUCGUGCAGUUCGAGCAGGAGAUCGAGCAGGAGCUGCGCGCUGCUCCCUCGGCCCCCCACGCCUCGGCCGCUGAGGAUGAGGAGGGCACCCCCGAAACCGCGGCUGCACCAGGGGCUCCCACCCGAGGGCCCCGCAUGACGCCCAUGGACCUGCGCAACCUGGACGAGCUGGUGAGGGAGAUCCUGGGCCACUGCACCUGCCCGGACCAGUUCCCCAUGAUCAAGGUCUCCGAGGGCAAGUACCGCGUCGGAGACUCCAGCCUGCUCAUCUUCGUGCGGGUGCUGAGGAGCCACCCGCCCCCGCCGAGGACCCAAACGUUCCCCCCGCAGAGGGUGUCACCCACUCCCAGCCCCCGAGCGGGCAGCCCAGCCCCAGGGGGUGAGCGGCGAGGCUCCCGGGCAGAGGUGACGCCCGUGAGCUUACGAAGCGCCAAGGAGGGGCCCGAGACCCCACUCAGGGCCCGGGAUCAGCUGCCCCCCCAUCCCCGCUCCCGACGCUACUCUGGGGACAGCGACUCUUCAGCCUCCUCCGCCCAGAGCGGCCCCCUUGGUGCCCGAAGUGAUGAGGGCCGGGCAGGUGGGAGCUCGGGCAGGAGCAGCCCUCACACUCCCCGGGCCCGCAGCCCUGCGGCCCCCCGGCCGCCCCGGGUCUCCAGCCCGAGUCCAGAGCUGGGCGCCACGCCGGCCAGCGUCUUCCGCACGCCCUUGCAGCUGGAACCGCAGCAUGAAGAGCAGCUGUUCCGGCGCCUGGAAGAAGAGUUCCUGGCCAACGCCCGGGCCCUUGAGGCUAUUGCUGGGGGCGCCCCCAGUGGACCCGCCCCUGACCCAGCCCGGGCCCCGGACGCUCCAGGCCCUGACUCGGCCUACUGUUCCUCCAGCUCCUCCUCUUCGUCCCUCUGCGUCCCAGAUGCAUCUGGGAGUCACCUGGCUGGCCCUGAGCCCCCAAGGACCUGGGCACGGGGCCGGAUGGACACACAGCCAGACGGGAAACCCUCGCGAAUUCCCACGCCUCGGGGCCCCCGCCGCCCAUCCGAACCCACGGUACCCGGGGCCUGGCGUGCCCUGCGCUCGGUCAGCCCACGGGUGGAGCCGGAUUCCUGGAUGUGACGGACCAGCCCAGCUGCCUCCAGGCCCCGUUCCUCCUCUUCCUUUUCCUUUGUGGCCUUAACCCCUUCGCAUCAGGGAACACCCACCCCCCGCACCCCUCGGGUACCAGACCUCAUGGGACCAGACCCCUUACAUGGCACAAUGGGACCUCUGCUGUACAUUCCGAUCGGGGGAUGAGCAUCGCUAUUUAAUUACUAAUAUUAUUGAAUGCCUUAGAGGAGCCCAACGAGGACCCUCCUGAGGUCCUGUGGCCCUGCAGAGCCUGACAGUAAAGUUUUGUUCCGGCCA